AUAGAAGUUGACGAGAUCAGAAGAUAUAGGUGUACCGAGAAAACGCCUCGUGGUUUCUGAUUCUUCCUUCCCCUUCCCAUGAAUUUUUUCCGUUAAUGGAAUACUCCCACUUCCUAUUGUCGCUGCUCCUUCAAAUCGAUCUCGUUCCGUCGUAAAAACAAUGUCAGAGAGUGACAUAGGUUGGGACUUUCACCUCCGAAAGCUCUCUGCCAGUGGCAGAGACUCCAACACCGCCAACGAUCCCUCCCUUCUUCUCUCCGUGAAGAAGCUUCAUGAAUUAUGCAAGACCCAAAAUUCUCACGACUUGGUAGCUAGGGUUUUUCCCCCGAUCAACAAGAUCUUCCAGCGCGCUGUCGCUUCCCUUUCUCAAUCUCGAACCUCCAAUGGCCUUCUUUUGCUCGCGAUUCUUCAGUUUUACCUGGACUUUGGGGAGAUUGUUCUUCAUGACGCUGAUCCUAGUCUUAGGAUGUUUUUUCGUUCGUGCUUGAGCAGGGAGUUUGCUGAUCCUGUCGUUGCAGAAGCAACGCUUGAACUUCUCAUUAUCAACAAGAAGAAGCUUCUGACUUCCUUCCCUAACUUGUUGCCUCAGUUUUUUCCUUUGUUGUUAAAGUUGAUUGCUUGGAAUGGUGACAGAUUAGAGAAACUAUUUUUGAAAGCCUUUCCGGGCUUGAUGUCACCUGAGUCAUUUAUUCCCUUAUUUCCACCUUUAGUAGAUUUGCCAAUUUUGUUAGUAGCAUUGGAAAAGGUGGAAAAGAGCUCAGGACCACUAAUUGGGAGCAACAUAGCUUCUAUUCAGAAAAAUACUGCCCCUAAGAUGCUACUUGCCCUUAUGGAUGAGGCAUAUACUGGUUCAACUAUAGAAGAUGUUGGAGGAGAUGUGUAUAGCAGGGCAAUUGAUGUAUCUGAUCCUUUGUUCCUUGAGCUUUUAAAGGAUGAAAAUGAUGGCAUCGCUGUAUGGCUACCUUUCAUCUUGUUAAUCACUGAACGUCCCUGGUCGUCUCCAGUGAUGGUCUCAAUAUUGAAGGCAGCCAACAAUCCUUACUCUGAUAAGCUGAAAGCUGUACUAAGCAUGGCACCACGUCUUCUUGAUGUUUACUUCUCCAUAGCAUUGCAUAAUGUCAAUAAAUCUUCAGUUUGUGCAUUGAUUCCCCUGCUUAUGUCAAGAUUUGCUACAAUAUUUCCAGACAAAAUAUUUUCAUAUGAGGUUCGAAAACGGCUUUUGGAGUUUAUGCUCUCCACAUUUCAGCACUCACCAAACUUCAUUGCCGUUUUAAAGAAACCUAUAAUGAACAGACUUGGAGAAGCUUAUGACAGUCCAGACAAGACAGAAUUGGCCUUGCAACUAUGUUGGGCCAUUGGAGAGCAUGGUGGAGGUGGUGGAUCUCACAAAGAUGAAGCUCGUGAGCUUUUUGAGAGUUUAGAACUACUUCUAUAUGAAAACCUUUCGACAAGUCGUCUGGGCAUGACACAGGGGGUAUCCCUAAGUUCUGACAAGGAUACUUGCAGAGGAUCAUCACAGUCCAGGCUUUUAUGUUUUGUUGUGACAGCCAUUGCAAAGCUUGCUACGCAUCAUCGAGAGUUACAACCAAGAGCACGUGUAGCUUUGGGCAAGGUGGCUCGGUCUCUAAUUUCAGAUGCUAGAGUAUGGAGACGCACAUGUGAUUUCCUGGGUUUGAUGAAAGAUCCUGCUAUAUGUUCAUCCAUAUUGGGUCCUUCGCGAUCUGCACAAGGCACCACGCAGAAAAUUGGCAGCAUUAACUGGAGUGAAGGUUCAACGAAGAUGGUUGCACAUAUUCCAUUUUACAUACUAGGGGAACAAGAAGGGCCACCUUUUCAUGAUUUCUCAUUCUCAGAUAUCAUUUCAAGAAGGUGAUGGAAGCUGAAAUUAUACCUGGUGGUCAUCAUUUUUUUUUACUCCCAGUAUGGGCAUCUUGGUAUCAUUCUGAUCUAUCCUAAAAUUAUAUUUUUAAUCUGUGUAUGGAUUAAUCUUCCUGAUCUAUCCUAAUUUGUUAUUUUUUUAGUCUGUUUAUUGAUUAAGCCCUCCGUGAAUAAGCAAGUUUUAUAUCUCCACAGAUUAUUGGGUUCUAGGAUUCACUCCUAAAAAUUUAGCACUUUAUGAGUGAAUCUUGACUCUUGUCGAAACAAUGACUUUGUCCGUCCCAUUGGAAAAUAUUUAGACUAAUGUAAUGUGAUUUUUCUGUUCAA